GGCGUGCCUGGCCCCGGCGGCGAAGCUGGGGUCCUGUGACUCCGUUUCUGCCCUUGCGAGACCGCGCCGCCAGGUAUCGACGGUCGGGACUCCAUCGUCGCCCUCUGCCCCUUGUUGCCCCCCAGGUUCUCGAGACUGGCCCUUGCCCACCUGUGCGGCCCGUACAGUAUGCGGCCCCUGGGCCUCGAUGGUACCUCCACGCUCUGCCAGCGACCUCUACUGCGUCUGCUGCUCCUACUGUCGCUGCUGCCGCCGCCCUUAACAGGCGCCCAGACCACUCCGGGAAACCCCAAGGCCGCGACCACGCCGGCCACCUCCAGCACCCCAAGUCUGCGGGAGCGCGCGCGGGCGCUGAUGCAGGACUUCCCUCUCGUGGACGGCCACAAUGACAUGCCCCUUGUCCUGAGGCAGUUUCAUGGCAACAGGCUACAGGAUGUCAAUCUGCGAAAUUUCAGCCAUGGCCAGACCAGCCUGGACAGGCUUAGAGACGGUCUUGUGGGUGCUCAGUUCUGGUCAGCCUACGUCCCAUGCCAGACCCAGGAACGGGAUGCUCUGCGCCUCACCCUGGAGCAAAUUGACCUCAUCCACCGCAUGUGUGCCUCCUAUUCUGAGCUGGAACUUGUGACAUCAGUUAAAGCUCUAAACAGUACCCGGAAGUUGGCUUGCCUCAUUGGUGUGGAGGGUGGCCACUCGCUGGACAGUAGCCUUUCCGUCUUGCGUACCUUCUACUUGCUGGGUGUGCGCUACUUGACGCUCACUCACACCUGCAACACACCCUGGGCAGAGAGCUCAGCUAAGGGCAUCCAUCCAUUCUAUAACAAUGUCAGCGGGCUGACCAGCUUUGGUGAGAAAGUGGUGGUGGAAAUGAACCGCUUGGGCAUGAUGGUCGAUUUGUCCCAUGUCUCUGACGCUGUGGCACGACGAGCCUUGGAAGUGUCACAGGCACCUGUGAUCUUCUCCCACUCAGCUUCCCGAGGUGUGUGCCAGAAUGCCAGGAACAUUCCUGAUGAUAUCCUGCAGCUUCUGAAGAAGAAUGGUGGUAUCGUGAUGGUGUCUUUGUCAGCGGGGGUGCUGCAGUGCAACCAGUUAGCCAAUGUGACCACUGUGGCAGAUCACUUUGACUACAUCAAGGCAGUCAUUGGAUCCAAGUUCAUUGGGAUUGGUGGAGAUUAUGAUGGGGCUAAACGGUUCCCUCAGGGGCUGGAGGACGUGUCCACAUACCCAGUUCUGAUAGAAGAGUUGCUGAGUCGUGGCUGGAGCGAGGAAGAGCUCCGUGGGGUGCUUCGUCAAAACCUGCUGCGGGUCUUUGAACAGGUAGAACAGGUACGGGACGCAAGCAAGGAGCAAAGCCCCUUGGAGGACGAGUUCCCAGACGAGCAGCUGGGCAGUUCUUGCCGCUCUGUUCUUUCACGUUUGCGUCAGACACAGUAUCUGACUCCAGACCAGAAACUAACUGAGACUUUGGCACAUUGGACACCUAAUUGGUCACUGAAACAGCCACCGUCAGACUCUUUCUCCAACAUGGCUCCAAGCUUCACAGUUAUUGCUGCCUUUUCAGUCCUCAUUCUGUGGCUCUGGUGACCCAGUUAAUCCUACCAGAUGUUACUACGGCAUCUGCAGACACCUCCCAAUGUCCCCCCAUCAUGCAGACAGAUGCAUUUCCUGAAAAUAAAUGUUUUACA